UAGUUUGCUUUAUAUGUUUAAAGUGGUAGUAGCAUUAGACUUACAUUGUAGGUCCAAGAUCUUUAGAAAAACACACAUGACCUCCACAAUGCUGAUUACUUUUCUUGAUUACUUUUCUUGUUUACGGAGAAAAAAUAGGAGCAUGAAAACUUGUCAGAUGGGACCUGGACUUUUUUUUCCCACAGUAUCGCUCAGCAUGAUAUAUAAAAGCCAGCCAUUGACAGCGCCCACCAACAGUCAUUACUGUUCCUGUGGGUUUUCCUUAUCCAGAUACAUCCAUCACCAGGAGAAAUGAAAGCCGUGUCUCUUCUUGUGGUGCUGGCCGCCUGCUUUCUGCAGUCUGGGUUUACUUUCAAAAUCGCCUCCUUUAACAUUGAAAGAUUUGCAAUUGCCAAGGUUGAGGACCCCGUUGUGUUAAGCCGUCUCAUUCAGAUCCUGAGAAGAUAUGAACUUAUUGCUAUUCAAGAGGUUAUGAAUAAAGAUGACACAGCUAUUAUUAGGCUUGUCCAGGAGCUCAACUUGGCCACUGGUCUACACUACAAUGUGCUGAUUUCUGACCACCUGGGCCGCAGUAGUUACCGGGAGAAGUAUGUGUAUGUGUACAGAGAGGACAUCCUGAAGCCAACGGAGUGGUAUCACUACGAUGAUGGCUGUGAAAACUGCGGCACAGAUGUGUUCAUCCGUGAACCUUUUGUUGCUAAGUUUUCAUCCCUUACUACAGAGCUGAAGGACUUUGCCCUGGCCACCAUUCACACUAGCCCAGAUUAUGCGGUGCGGGAGGUGGAUGGCCUGUAUGACGUUUGGGAAGACGCCAAGCAACGCCUGCUCCUAGAGGACAUCCUGAUCUUGGGAGAUUACAACGCCGGCUGCAAUUAUGUAAAGACCCAACACUGGCCUCUGAUUCGUCUCCGCCAGGACGCCAGCCUUCAGUGGUUGAUUAGUGAUUCUGAAGAGACCAAUGUGAGCCCCAACACCCGCUGCCCAUACGACAGGAUUGUAGCUGGAGGAGAAGGUUUGAAAAAAGCAGUAAUUCCAGGCACGGCAAAGGCGUUCAACUACCAAGUGAAAUACGGCCUUACAUAUGAGUUGGCCAAAGCGGUCUCCGAUCACUACCCCGUGGAAGUGGAAUUACGUGAGGACGCUUUGUACAGAGGACAGCAGUUUGGGAUUAGUUCUAAGACUGGUAUAGAUGGAGGUCUUUCCACCAGCAGAGGAAGCUGCGACUGUGCAGGGGUGGAUUUCACGUCCUGCGUGGGGCGCUGUGGAGCCAGUGGGAAGAGUUACCCCUGUAACUGUAAUGCUUCAUGUGCUAGCUACAACGAUUGUUGUGUUAACUAUAAGGCUGCCUGUGUUGUAUAAUUCUCUGGACUAAUCAUACUGUGAACCUGGAAAUGUAUAUGUACUAUAUGUACUAAAUAAAUAGUAAAGUUUAAAUGUGC